AUGGGGCUGCUGGCCCUGGAGUUCAGCGACUGCUACCUGGACAGCCCCCAGCUCCGCGACCGCAUCCGCGCCCACGAGGCCGAGCUGGACCGGACCAACAAGUUCAUCAAGGAGCUGCUCAAGGACGGCAAGACCCUCAUCGCCGCCACCAAGAACCUUUCAGCAGCCCAGAGAAAAUUUGCCCACUCCCUGAGGGAUUUUAAAUUUGAAUUCAUUGGUGAUGCUGAGACGGAUGAUGAGCGAUGUAUAGAUGCAUCUCUGCACGAGUUCUCAAACUUCUUAAAGAAUCUUGAAGAACAAAGAGAAAUUCUGGCACUCAGUGUUACUGAGACUCUGAUCAAACCUUUGGAAAGGUUUAGAAAAGAGCAGCUAGGAGCCGUAAAGGAAGAAAAGAAGAAGUUUGACAAAGAGACAGAGAAGAACUACAGUUUGAUAGAGAAGCAUUUGAGUUUGUCGGCCAAGAAGAAAGAGCUGCAGUUACAAGAGGCUGACAGCCAAGUGGAGCAAAAUAGAAAACACUUCUAUGAGGUGUCUCUUGAGUAUGUGUGUAAGCUGCAGGAGAUACAGGAACGAAAGACAUUUGAGUGUGUGGAACCUGUGCUGUCAUUUUUUCAGGGUUUGUUCACUUUCUAUCAUCAAGGAUAUGAACUUGCCAAAGACUUUAAUCACUACAAAAUGGAUCUACAAAUUAAUAUUCAAAAUACAAGAAAUCGUUUUGAAGGAACAAGGUCAGAGGUAGAGGAACUCAUGAACAAAAUCAAGCGAAAUCCUCAGGAACAUAAGAGAGCUGAUCAGGCUACAAUGGAAGGCUACCUUUACGUUCAGGAGAAAAGGCCUGCCCCAUUUGGCUCCAGUUGGGUAAAACACUACUGCACAUAUAAGAAACAGACAAAAACAUUCAGCAUGAUCCCAUUUGAACACAGGUCAGGAGGGAAAGCAGGUGAUUUGGAAGCCUUCUUUCUUACCUACUGUACCAAAAGAAAUACGGAUACUAUAGAUAGACGUUUCUGUUUUGACAUGGAAGCUGCAGACAGACCUGGUAUUCCUGUGACCAUGCAGGCCUUCUCUGAAGACGAACGGAAGCUGUGGGUGGAAGCCUUGGAUAGUAAAGGAGGUCUGUUCAUCAAUUUGAAUAGACCUAACACCAGAAGGGAAGGGAGUGCGCAGUUGGAUAAGAUAGGUUUCACAAUUAUUAGAAAAUGCAUCAGUGCCAUUGAAACACGAGGUAUUAAUGACCAAGGAUUGUACAGAGUUGUAGGGGUGAGUUCUAAGGUCCAGAGACUUCUGAAUUUGUUGAUGGAUGCAAAAACCUGCAAUGAAGUUGAUUUGGAAAAUUCUGUCGAGUGGGAAGUGAAGACGAUUACUAGUGCUAUGAAGCAGUACUUGAGAAGCCUUCCAGAGCCUCUAAUGACGUACGAGUUGCAUGGAGAGUUCAUCGUUCCUGCCAAAAGUGGCAGUCCAGAGUCCCGAGUGAGUGCCAUACACUUCUUGGUUCAUAAACUUCCAGAGAAAAACAAAGAGAUGCUUGACAUUUUGGUGAAACACUUAGCAAAUGUUUCAAAUCACGCCAAGAAGAAUCUAAUGACUGUAGCAAAUUUAGGAGUGGUAUUUGGACCAACCUUAAUGAGGCCGCAGGAAGAAACCGUGGCAGCCAUCAUGGACCUAAAGUUUCAGAAUAUUGUGGUGGAAAUCCUUAUAGAAAACCAUGAGAAGAUUUUCAGAACCCUGCCUGAUGCCACUUUCCCUGAGCCAAUCUCUGUGUCGAUAUCUCCUCCAAAUGCCCCACCAAGGCAAUCAAGAAGACAAGGGCAGCGUAAUAAGAGGCCUGUGGCUGUCUACAAUCUUUGUCUUGAUCUGGAUGAUGGUGACAGUCAUAGCUCUCCCAAAGAGGACACUCCUACUGGCAGCAUGGAUUCUCUUUCAUCCCAGUCUCCUACGCCUGCAAUCUCCAGCAGCCCUUCUGGGCCAGACAAAAAUCAUCUUAUUUUGGAUAGUGGCGACGGAGGGGAAUGGGCAACCAAUCACCCCAAUCUGACACGCUCAUCUAUGGUCUCUUGGAUGAAUACACCAUCCACGACAACUGCUACCUCAGCUACAGCUACUGCUACUGCAGCACCAUCAUCUAUCCCUUUUCCCACCCCUACCACAGCGAGUGACAGACCGGCGGAAAGUGUUGUUCCCAGAAAAGCAAGAGCGGUGUAUCCCUGUGAGGCAGAACAUAGCUCUGAAUUAUCUUUUCGUGUAGGAGCAAUUUUUGAAGAUGCGGACAAGAGGGGCCAGGGCCCUGUGCCCCAUCAUCCCAUCCAUCAGCAGUUCCCACAUGAAGAGAAUGUAUUUGUCGGAUGUGUGUCCUUUCAGAGAGCUGCCUUGGAAACAGAUCACGUCUGAAUCAAGUUAGUGCAAUUAUCCAGAGAACCAGGAUGGCUAGAAGGAACUCUAAAUGGCAAGAGAGGACUUAUUCCAGAAAACUAUGUGCAAUUUCUAUAGCUCUCUGCACUGAACGCCCAGAAGGUGUACAUGGUAUCCAUGAGUUUUUGUUAUAGUCACUUCUCUUUGCUUUGGUGACUGUUUUUAGUCUGUGAAGAGCCUGAUAAUGGGAUGAAGAUAAAAAUCUGUUUAAAGACAUACAAUGUUGCCAAAUAGGAAUUGCAAAAUUGUGAUUCUUCAGGGUUUUUUAGGGGUGGGAGUGGAGAGGGGAUUAAGGGUUGGAGAAGUAGUUUUAAUUUUAUAAAGGGAGUUUUACAUGUGUAAAGAACUAUAGGAAAUUUUUUGUUUGCAGAAUAUCUAGAAUUUUAAUUCAGAGUUUUGAAUGAACUCUGGCUCUGCUGUCAGCCGACGAGUAUUUUUGUUGUCCAGGUUCUCAUGAAGCUGAGAUUUUAGAGAACCGUAUUUAUAUCCACUGCUCAAUUGUAUUAACUGAAUCUCUUUCUGGUUCUGACAAGAGAUUGGACAAAGAGGCUUUAAUGCUGGUGACAGGAUUUAUUUUCUGAGAGGGAAGAAGCAGUAGGUGGACAACAGGUAUCAGUAAGUAAAACCCAUAAAGAAGGGCCCACAAAAUUUUCCACGUGCAGCUCCAUUUGUAUAAUGUGUGUGGCUUCAUUCAAAGUAUUUUAUCAAGAUAAAACACAUGAACAUGUACCCGCUGGCUCCAGGACCUCCUGGGUUCACAACGUGCAGUUUUCACAGUAGUUUUCCCACUCCAAAAAUCACUGUAAAUAAAAUAAAAUUGUAUUUGCUGUUUGUCUUGAUAACUGUCCAUCAAGCACAGUGUUGCAGAAAGCUGUUUAUAUAAACUAUUAACUAAAAUACACUUUUCUUAAUUAUUGGCAGCUGUGUGUGCAGAAUCAGUAAAUAGCAAGGCAUUGCUUAUUCUCAACAGGCAGGAGAGCGGGGAAGGAGAACCUUCCUCACUGACAGCAGACAUCUUACUUGCAGACGUCUCUAACCACCAUGAACAACAGAACAUACAAUGUUGUCCCUGCAGGUUGGGUUUGCAGCCCCAAGUCAGGGGCUGUCUGGGUGCCAUUCUCCUCUCUCCCCUUAUUACAGGGUUUCCCUGCAACCCCUUCUCCAUGCCAGAAGAUCUAUGUACACUUCACUCUCUCAACUUCAUACCACAGCUCUGGCUGGAGUUGUGUGUGGCCUUCCCUUUCCCUUCCUUUCUCUGUGCCUGCAGCCUGUUACUCAACCCUGUUCCCUGUUCCUCCCCCCCCCACCCUCCAAUAUUCUUCCUUUUUGUUCUCUCAGGGAAAUAAAUUUGAAAGGGGGUCUGCAUGUACCCUUGUCUCCCCCUUCUGUGCUUUCCUUUUCACCAAAAUCAAUACCUUUUUGCCCACUGAUGCCUAGACCAUUUACCAGAUAAAGGGGAAUGCCAUAAAAUGAGGUCUUUUUGCUCAAUUGGUAAUUAAUGUCCUGGAAGAUGAGUAGCACUUAUUUCACUCUAGUAUGUUAGAGACAGUUCACUUGUGAACUCACUACACUCAUUUCACGGCCAGUCCAUGAACUUCAUAAUAUACGUCUCAAAUCCUGACUCUUCUAUUAUCAUCUUCAUCUGUUUUAAAUCUUACCUUAUUUCCCUUCUUCUGUACCAUGGGAUAUUGGAGUUCAUAAGAAGAGAGAAAAUGUCACUGUUAGCAGAUAUACUAUACCUCAUCUGAACCAACAAAGCUGAGAAGCACUCAAAACCAAAAGCUGCACCAGUAAAAUUCAUUGGGAGUUAUUCCCAGUGACUUCAAGAAAGAUGAAGCUCUUAACCAUGUAGUGUCAAGCUCUGGAUUUCUUAAUUGCAUUGAGCAGUGUCUUGAAGUAGUCGCAUUUGUAGGCCUAUUCAAGUAGUAGCACACCAACCCACGUGCAUAGUAAGGAUAUCAUAAUUUGGUUCUGCUGUAAACUGUGCCAUAUACCUCUCAGUUCCCACAGCAAUUUGUCCUUAACUUUUAUGGUUUCCCUCCCUCAGAGAAAGUCUGUCUAAAAGAAUAUAAGAGUAGCACAAUGAUAAAUAGGUUGUAAUAACAAAUUGGGCUUCAUAAAUUUUUUUACAAGGCAAAAAUGUUGCAGAUAUAGUAAGUUAUAAGCCCUUUGAGGUAAUGCAGUAAAUUAUGCAUUCAAUGGUUAAUGCUCUCCUAGAUGUUUUUUUUUCUUUUUAAGUUUUAACUGAACACCAUUAUUUGUUCCAUUGCCCAGAACUGUAGAGAUCCUCAGGAUGAUUCCACAAAUGAUCUCCAGAUGGAGCAAUGGUGGGCCAAGUUGGUGCGGCUCUCCAGAUCCAAAUGGCUCUUUUCUAAGCCAUGAGGUUUAGUAUAUUUUUGUUGCAUCUGAGAGAGUGACUCUACCAGACAGCUUUAAGGCAGUUCUUUAUGGAAGGUUAUCAGCAUAUAGGUUGUAUGACCAACAUAUUGGAUGAGUUCUGCUGUCUCCUCUUUUCUGAGACCUGAGGAACAGUACAGUGGUACCUGAAAGCUACAUCCCUCCUAUGAAAGAUAUCACCCACAAAAAUCCUUACCUUAAAACACUGGAGUUGUUGGGAUACUGUAGUGGAGAAGAGACUUUUUAAUUCUUUUCUUUGCAGUAUUCAGGAAAUAAUCCCACUGCUAACACAGCAAUAUAUAGCAGCAUCCUUCUUUCAGAUAUUUUCAGGUGGAAAGACAACGUUUUGGCCGAGUGUUGUGUUCUCUGAUCAUUGAGUAGGGACCAGUGGGACUGCAGCCGUGCAGACUCACUUGUGCCCUAGAGGAGUUGUUCAGUGUCACGCGCCUGCGUUCUGAAGGCAGUACAUUGCAUUCAUGAUUACUGAUAUUCUCAGCGUUCCCGUUGGUGUCAACUGGUGAAAGUGUCUGGAAGUAUGGGGAGAAUGUAAUUCAUUUUGUUUUUGAAUAGCAUAGAAGUGGGACCAGUAGACUAUGACAGUUCCUUGUCAAUCAGCUAGGCUGUGGCAACUCUGAAAGUUACAAGCCUUGGCAGUUGUUCUCAUCCUGUGAACAAUAGACAAAAGGUUCAGUCAACCCAGCCUGAUAUUUUAGCCCAAAGUAUAUUUUGCCCUGCCCUGUGUUCCUUUAUUUCACUUUUCUACUUAGUUGAAAGGGUUUAGUUAAACACAAAGGAAGGUGGCAAGACAUUGUGGUGUCUCUCUUCCACGCAUAUCCAUGACCCUAUUUGCUGCAUUGCCUUCAGAUCUGGAAAGGAUAACAUGGAACGUUCUGAGCCUCCUGUUAUCUUAGGCUCUUUGCUUUCAGUAGCCUUUGGGGGCCACAUGGGACCCAAAGAAGAGGAAGAGAGCAUUACACCGUGCAAAGGUAACUUAGCCAAUUCCAUUUUUCUUUCUGACGUCAUCUUAUCUUAGAGCGAGCGUAUGAGCCAGCCUUGUUCUGAUCUAGCUAGUAAGUUAAUCAGGCUGCCUGUUGCUCCUAAGUAUUCAGUUGUGGUGAAUCUGCAAUUUAAGAUGAAGCUUCUCACCUCAGCUUAGACUCUGAUUAAUGCUUAGGGAAAGCUAUGAAAUAUGGCUAGUGUGGUAGUCCAGCCCUCCCUUUCUUUAUAGGUAUUUGUGGUGUAUUCUUGACAGUCAGCACUAUAACCAAUUUUACUAGGCAAUGUGGAGACGCACGAUACUGAAAGGGGCAGAGUGUAUAUAAGAAAGCAGAGCUUCUUCUCAUUCCUCCUAUUACAUUAAUGUGCUUUACCUCCUUUCCUAGAAGCAUGGGACCUACCUCUUAUCUCCUUACCUCUUUCUUUCCCUGUGCAAUAGGAUUAGAAAACUAAAGCAAUGUUGACUUAGAGGGGAGGACAAGAUCAGAGAAUUGGCUAUGGAGAUGAUCAACCUGUCUUCCCUGACAAACGGUGCAAGCUGUGGUGCAAAGAUACUGCUGUGUAUUAUGCAGGUUAACAUAACCUCUCAAGACCUCUAGCUCCCUUUACCCAGCAGUUUUGAUAUUAAGAUGGUGUGUCACACAUUCAACUUAACACCUAGGGUAAAGUUACACAUUACACUUAGACCAUACUAAGAGCACCUAGUAUGAAUGUCUGCAUGGUAAAGCUCUUCAACUCAUGCUAAGUGCUCUCUGAGAUUCCCAAAGUUAUGCUACUUAAGGGGAGUCUUAAUUAUGGGCUGUGCUGAUAGCUCAUGUUAGGGGAACUUCAGUCUUCUGCAAGGAAAUUAAACGAGCAAUUUGUAAUCCUUCAGUAUCCCAGGAUGGCCCUAGUCCCCUCGCCCUACCCUGCAAAGCAAGGACAGAGCCCAGCUGACUGACACCUUAGCCACAUUCCUGAUCACUAGCCCCCUAAUGCUAAGUCAGAUCGGUGCAGACAAGCAACAGUAUUAACCCUUAAUGUGUGACUGCUCACAGCACGUUCUUUACUGCUUAACAUUUUAAGUUAAGAUUCAGUUUGGCCUAACAUAUAAUUUCAUCCAUACUAAGUAUAGUUCAAACACAAGCAGAUGCAAAUUCAAGCAGUUUAGCAUGUGUUAAGUGCCCACCUGGUGUUGAAAAGUUGUUCCCUUUCAGGUGAGGGUUGCACAUACUAACACAUACUAAUUUUAAUGAUUUGCAACUGUUGCAAGUGAAUGUGUGACAAGGCUCUUAGUUGUCUGGUCUCUGGUAGGUUUAAACUCUGGCUUCUGUGUUGGUUAUACUUCAGCUCUGCCUCGGUCAUUGCAACCUGAUUCUUGUUCCUAUUGUCUCCUCCCAUUUCCUACAGCAAGUAAUAGUCAUGCUAUUCCUUCCUGGUUUCUUUAUCAGCUGAGCACAGGUCUCUAUUGACUUCUCCAUUAUGGCCAGGCUUUUCAGCACUGCAGCAGUUUUCACUUUCAUUCAGAAGAGCCCCUGCUAUUCGUUUUUAGCAGCGGGUUUCCUAUACUGGUAAUCUAUUGUUGCAGCAUGAGCACUGGCACAGCUCCAACCAGAGUCCUAUCUGGAGUUUACUCUUUAGUUGGUGUGGGUGUAUCUCUGAAUUUUUGCAAUUGGUGGGGGCUUUUUAAAGUUAUUAGAGCAGUAUACUUUGCAGGAUGAAGUAACUGGAGUAAGUGAAUCUGUUAGGAAAAUGAAGGUAGUUUUAUCUUUUUCAGAAGCUUUAGUGUUCUUUUCAUAUUGCCCUGCUCUUUUUUCUCACUGGCAAGUAAUGAUGCCUGGACCAUGAGACAGAGGCCUCUGCCUACCUUCACCAAGUAAUGAUGGUAGAAUUAGGAUUCUGGGACCGUCUGGGUCUCUAGAAAUGUUUGUGUGUACCCCUCAUUGGGCUGCAUUCAGCUCUGGUCCCCAGGAGACAGAUUUUCACUCCAUUGUCUUUAGAAGUCCUAUGUUUCUCUCAAGUCACUGAGUAGCUUUAGACAUUCUCCUCCCUUAUAAUCCUGGCAGAUUUCCCUCCAUUUUUUUGUCUCCGGUGUAUUCCUCUGGAGCAGAAGGUUUCCUUGCUGAACUAUCAGGACUGAUCCACAUGAUGGCUGGAA